UUUUGUCUAAUCGUUCGUUCGUUGUCGCCGCCACAAGUGAAAUGACUAGGAUGUUAUUCGAAAUUUUCACAUUAGCCUACUUUAAUUAUUUUGUCGAGAAUUCGCUCUCUUCUCCUCCGAUUUAACGGCCGUCUCCUUCUGAUUUUAUUUUCUGGAAGUUUAUUUCUCCGCGUCCGAGAACAAUGAUAUUCGUGCGGAUUUUGUGUUCCUUAACCUCUCCAGAACCAGUGCUAUGUUUUAAUAUUAGCUGAUAUCAAAAUAUCUCAGUUUCAAGGCGUUAGUUUUUAGUAAGCAUACUCUUUAAGCUAUUUCUAAGGUUGUUAGAAGUUAAAAUACCUCGGAUGUGAUCUCAAAUAACCGGUAUGGGCGAUAGUGACAAAGACCGAGAGAAGGCUACCUUGCUCGAUGCAAGCCAAGCUGCCUCAGCGGUGACUGUUAUUAAACCAGAUUCAUUGAAACAAACUCCAAGUAUUGUGGUAUCAGCACUCCGAAAUGUACCCCCUCCUCCGACACGGCUGCUUAACGCUCCCCUGCAGGCGGUGCAGUCACUUUCUCAAUCAACAGCUGUUGGUCAUCCUAACAUUCCAAAGCAAGUCGUUGCCGUAAACCGGCAAUCAUUAGGAGAAACUAUAGCCGUUGCCAACCGUCUCAACACCAACGCAACAACCUAUCAUAUUCCUAGAGGUCCUGCUGCUGUCGCAAGUAUCUCUGUUCCUCGUGCCACAAUUGCCACGCCGAUCAACAUCCGCAACUCUGUUGCAGGCCUGCAGACUAUACCUGUCACCAGUAUUUCCAACACAUCCAAUUUUGUAUCCGGCAUUGGAGUAUUGAACCGUGGUAAUGGGUCAUGGAUUGUUACAACCGCCUCCACCGUACCAACAAAACCAUCCCCCGCGACGCUCACCAGUUUUGUCCCCUCAAGGCCACCAACCCUAUCGGGAACUGCAGUUUCACAUUCCAGCCCGAACUUCAUAACAACUCGGUUAUCUGCUCCACCCAACAGUCGAGAACCGGGCAUGCGUCCAGUCUUAUUUCAUGCAUCUCAAAGACCUCCGCAGCUUAAUGAAAGUAAAAGUUACCUGGCCAAAUCAGGUGUUGGGAUGGUUCCCAUGCGCACGAGUUUAGGAGCCGGUCAAACUCUUGUCUACACCGGGCCUGGUGGUCAGAACUCAGUUGUUACGCAGCCACCGUCAACUGUGCCACGUUUAGCCCCAUCCAUUGUUUCAUUACCAGUUCUCGCACCUGUACUCAAAAAUGCAUCUCAUCAAAACACUGGUCCAAAAGUAAUAACACAACCAGCGCAUGGUUUAACAAUGCAGAUUGCAUCCGUUUCGGUAGCGCAGCAGCCAAAUCUGUCCAUUUCAAAGCCAGUUGGGUUCCCCAUCUCAAGCAAUGUUUCUAUAACACAAUCGGCUCCAUCCCAGCUUGGUCCGUCUGUGUUAGCAUCUCGUGUGUUGCCAACAUCAAAUGUGCCCCCUGCAUCUACCAUCUCUCUGCCACCUGGCUUAAAUGUCUCAAAAGAAGUAAUCCCCAUUCAGUCCUCCGGAUCUCAACCUCUUUUCAUUCAAACACCCCACAAACCUGCACCAAGUCCUAGCAUCCCCUCAAGCUCAGGUCCUGGGCCAUACUUCAGUCAGGAAACAACAAGUGGUUUUCCUGUGGUUUCUCGCAGCUUUCCUCCGAUCACAACUGUCAGCGGGACCCCUCCUUCAACACAGCCUGUUCCUACUCUAAGACCUAUACAGCAUGAUAAUAUCCCAUCAAAUGUAUCACUUGGUCAAUCCUCUGUUCCUCCUGUCCGAACGCUGAAUGUUGGAAUGGUUGUAGAAUCAUCGCGGGUAAUCACACAGCCUUACAUAACACCAGAAUCUAGUUCCUGUUAUAAUCCUCCUCUUGGAAACGUCUCCCAAUCAACAACUCAGGCAGACGGUCAACCUUCGCAAAUAGUCAAACAAAAUGCAUCUCCUAGACCUAGUAUAUUAAGGAAAAGAGAAACCGACGGAUCUCCUCUGAAAGCGCAGAAGAAUUUAACGCCUAUCCUGGCUUCAUUUGGGGUUACAACACCCGCUCAAAAUAGGGAUAGUCGAGACAAUCGGGAUCUAGCAUCCCCUCCACCAUCGCCAAAGAGACCCGACUCUGGUGGUCAGUCGUCGGGUGGAUCGACCACCAUCUCCGCCACCUCAUCCCCGGUGCUAGGUGGCACUGAUUCGCCACCUAUUAAAACGGAGCCAGUAGCACCACCCAUCGAAGAAGAUAGGCCUGUUGAAAUGAGCCCUCGCAAGAAACCUAGAAAGCAGCUAUUAACAAGCAAUGACACUCUAGAUUCGAAGUUUAGUGAAGAAGAAAUGGAAUUCAUCUCUGAAGACAAAAUUAAGAAAGAAAUCAAAGAAGAAUCCAAUGAAGAUGGUAAAUCAUGCCAAGUGAAGAGACCAAAUAUUUCGCUGUUGAGUAGUUAUCGACACGCGUGGAAGUCACGUUACCACCACUUCCUUCGUUACUCGGAUGUCAAACCUCGUGAUGACCGGAGACCAACCGUGAACGACAUCGCUAGCCAUAAGCAUGUGAUGCAGAAAGUGAAUGGAUGGAAGAUUCAUCAUCUCAGUUCUCAAAUGGAGGAUGUUUCUGAUCUCGAGACAGAAGUUCUGGAUAAGCUCUCAGAUUUGCUGCAGGCCCUGGAAAAGAAAUCUGAUCAGGACACCGAAAAAGAAUUCAAUCACGUGUGUGAGCUAAUCAAAGGGAAUAUCCAAAGGAGCAAAGUGAUAAAAGACCAAAUGGAAGAAGCCAAAAGCCAGGUGAUGAAAAUUUUUGAUCACAAGGACUACGUGAAAGAUAUCAUCAGCCGGUGUGCAAGCAAGCGAGCCAUAAAGAAAAGAGAAAAAUACUAAAUGCUCAUCGGAUCAAUCAAUAAUCAUCGUUGUAUUGUUUUUGUUAACUUUUGCCAAUCAUACUGUUCUGUUUUAUUUUUAAACACUAGAGCAGUGACUCAGUUUUUUUUGUUUUUCUUUGAUUACGAUGUGAAAACAUCAUCAAAGAUGAAGCAUGGUGUCUGAAGCCUUUGUAAAUAUAGUUGAUCGGGAUUUACCAAAGAGAGAGGAAGAAUUCUAAGACGAGGAAUCAAUACUCAACAUUUUCUAUCAUAAGAAUUUUAACUUGUCUGUUCUCUACUGCAUAGUGCAUUACCAUGUCAUCGAUAAUUCUCACUUAUAUGCACAAAAAAUAUUCUGGACAGUUGUGUAAAAGAGUGGGAACCUACCUUAUAAAAUACAUUUUUGCAUUAUUUUAUCAAGCAAGAGACUUGCAAAUCUAAACUCUAAAACCUUGUAUCAUGAUUAUGUUUUUCGAAGUUUCCACUCUUAAUUUAUUUUUCUUACAAGAAACAAACCAAAACCAACUUUCUUACCUAUAUUUAUACCAAAUAUUCUUUAAAUAAAGGCAAAAAAUAACAAAAUAUAACCGAAAGUCUACAAUAUCGCAAAAUGAAAUUUGUGGUUGUGAGUUUAGCCUUUAAUAUGUAGUUGUGCAAGUUAUUUGAUAACUUUUUCCAAUGCAUAGGAAAUUCUGAUAGGUGGACUUCAGCUCUAAUUGUUUCUUUGUUAAUUGUGAGUUAAGUUUGUAGUUGAACAGCUAUCUGUUGGUAUCAAGAUAGUGUGUCUACCCUCUACCAUGAGGUUUUAGGAUGAGAAAACUUAGAAUGAUCUUAGCAUUUGAUGAUAUUUAUUUUGACUGUGAAAAUGACUUUUGAAUUUUAACUAUGAAAUUGCGCUACCGACCCAAAAAAUGAAGGUUCUCAUGAUGAGUGCUUUUACCAUUAGUGAGUCAAUUUCUUUAUUAAGUCACAACAGUUUGAACUGAUGAUUGGCUAGGUAAAGGGAAUAAACUUUUGCAAAUCCCUCCAUUGCAUCGCAAAAAAUUUAUGAUGAUGGCUUUAAGUUCUUUUCUCAAUUAGUCCAAGGCUGUUGAUUUUUCAAAACUUGAAUCCUCAAUGAAAAGAAAACUGAAAGAGUUCUCAAUUCGCAACUUUUUGCUGUUUCUAUCAUUUUGAGUCCAAAUUUUUUGGACAGUUUAUGUAACGGAGAUGCACCAAGUGGCAUCUAACUUGAAUUGAGAAAAAGAGGUUUAAAAUUUCAUUCCUCCCUAAGACUUACUGUUGAGGACAAAAAAUAAUGACGAUUUUCAUGUUCUAAACUUUGGUCCACUUUGAAUUUUUAACCGGUGAAAAUUUAUUACUAGUUGAAUUCGAAACUACGCAGAUAGAACUCAUUCUUUCUUCUUAAUGCAACUUAGUGCAUCUCUGCGCAAUUCAGUCCAUAUUUUCAUCAAGUUGGGUUACCAUCUUUAAUAUGUACUCCAUUUCAGAUCAGUGCCAUAGAAAUGAUCUAUUGCACAUCCUAUACCACAACUUCUUUUGUCUCUGAAGUUUAUUCUUUUAUCCCUGUUUUUUCUUUCUCUGUGUUCUUCCAUCUCUUCUUCCCGCACAGUCUGUAAAUAUGUGUAUAUCUUUCUCUUGUAAAUUGUGUUUGAAAAAGUUUUAUUUUGUUCUCCUCAAUUUUUACUCGCUAAGAAGUCAUUAUUUAUAAUAUUUUACACCAUCAAAA